UCUUCCUGAAGUCGCGCUGGUCCCGCUGUGCUUCGCCGCGGCUCUUCGGUCAGGACGGUCGCGCUCCCCGACAGCCAUGUACCUGUACUUUUUGGGCUUGGUGGCGCUCUACUACUUGUACCGCUGGGUCAAGGAGAUGCCCAGGGUCUCUGACAAGGCCAACAAAUAUGUCUACAUCACUGGCUGUGACUCCGGUUUUGGCAACCUCCUGGCCAGACACUUGGACAAGCAGGGCUUUAGUGUGAUCGCCGCCUGUUUCACGGAGAAAGGGGAGGAGGACCUGAAGAAGUCCUGCUCCGGCAAGCUGACCACAACUCACCUGGAUGUCAGGAAAAAUGACAGCAUCACCAAAGUGGCGGACAUGAUCAACGACAAAGUGGGAGAACGCGGCCUGUGGGCAGUCGUAAACAACGCCGGCGUUUCCGUUCCUUCCGCUCCCUGCGACUGGCUGACCAUCGACGACUACAAGUCCAUGCUGGAUGUGAACCUGAACGGGGUCAUCGCCGUGACCCUGAGCGUCCUGCCGCUGAUAAAGAAGGCGAGGGGAAGGGUGGUCAACGUCGCCAGUGUGUUUGGAAGAAUCAGCGCCACGGGGGGCCCGUAUGUCGUCUCCAAGUAUGGCGUGGAGGGCUUCAACGACAGCCUCAGAAGAGACAUGAUUCCUUUUUGCGUUAAGGUCCUUUGCAUUGAACCAGGCUUUUUCAAGACGUCCGUGACUGAUGCUGCCAUCCUGGGCAAGAAUAUCAAAAUGUUGUGGGACAAAAUGUCCCAAGAAGUCAGAGACGACUAUGGAUCAGAUUAUCUCGCCAAAGUGGAUGUGAUGAUGAAGACGAAGCUGGCCCAGUUGUCCGACGGGGAUCUGAUGAAGGUUGUCAGCUGUAUGGAGCACGCUGUAUCCGCAGUUCACCCCCGGACCCGCUACUCGCCGGGCUGGGACGCCAAGAUCUUCUGGCUGCCGCUGUCUUAUAUGCCGACUUGUGUGGCCGAUUACCUCCUGCGGAAAGAAGCCAUUCCCCUGGCAAAGUCUGUCCAAUAAGACUGCAAGUAUUGUCACCGUGUGCCUUGUCGCUGCUGCAAGGGAUGUACACAUGUCCUCUUUAAUCAAUUUUUUUUACUCAUAUUUCAUUCUCUUCCACAUCCUGGGCCACAAUACAGGCACACCGCUUGACCAAAGGUCCAUUCAUUCCUUUAUUCACCAUUUCAGCUGCUCUUGUAAUGAAGCUGUACAAUAAUAAACUUGCAUUCAGCGAAGGCCGGGAUGAAAUUUGGAUGUUGUCAUGUUGUGAUAUCCAGUUUUGUUAUCUAAAUUAAUGUUAAGGGUCUAUUACCUAAAAAUUGGGUCUGAAACAUUUGAGAGAAGUUGAUUUGAAAACUAGUUGUGGUUUGAUAUUACUAUAUUUUACAAUACCAAACCAUUGAAUAUGAUGGACCUCGGUUGGACUCUUAGACAGGGUAUUUUUGCAUAUGUAAGCAGAUAUCAUCACAUAUCAAUACUGUAUAACAUCACCGAUGAGGACUGUCCUGAUAAUAUUUUCCAUAUUGCCCAGCACUACAUCCAGUCUAUCUUCCUCCCUUCUCAAAAGUAGAACCUAAUCGGGGUUUGACAUGAGUCAAGAACCGUGCAACUGGACAUAGCUUUCUCAUCAAGGGUAAAACAGAGAGGUAAUUUCAAAGUCCCUCAUAUCUACAAGAUAAUGUUCACUCAAACCAAUCUUCUUGACCUUGCCAUGGAGAUAGGGGUCUGUAAAUGGUUAAGUAUUAGUAAUAAAGUGGUACCUCACUCACUCAGUGCAUUUCAAUGGCAGAAACAGCAGAUCAAGGUUGGUUCUGUCCCGGAAUUGCCAUGUUAAUUUCAAGACCACUUGAUAUAGUCAAAAUUCAGUGUGAGAACAAGUGUACCACAUUGUAUUUAAAACCUAGUAUACCAACCAGCAUGCACAUCUUAAAUGCUUGUAAUGGGACGGUUUGUUACUGCCUACCAACCUUUGUGCUCACAUAAAAACUAACACGUACAAUCUGUAAGCCACUGGUCAUGAAAUGACUUGAGGCUUACCCCAAAGCGUGACUUUUUGAUCAGGGUUAUUUUCCUCUGCCAGACUUUUUAAUAAUUGUGUCAUUGACCGUUUGUCCAAACUUGCAAUCAAGUCUGGAACUAUUUGCUAUGCAAGUUAUGCAAUUUGAGUUGUGAGGAAACGCUUUACUUAAAACAACUUUCCACAAAACUGAUUAGUUUUACAUGUU